CCAUUUUUAUAUUGCCGAAACUCUGCAGAGUUCCAUUCAUCAAUGGCGACCAAAGAUUCGGCUCUGGAGUUGCACGAAAUCACCACUGAUUCUGAAGGAUCCGACGCGGAUCCCGAAUGGGGCGAUUCCGAUUAUGAAGACCCCGAUUUCGACGUGCACGAAGAAACCCAAAUCAACUUCUCUAACUUUUCACUUAAGCACAACCCAAAAACAGCGCGCGUUGUCGAAGAUAAGGGUCUUGGUGAGGAGGUGUUGGAAGCGACUUCAUCUGUUCGUGAUGGAGAGAAUUUUGAUAAAGUUCAAAAACUAAUCGAAGCGGGACUGGUGGAGAAAUUGAAAGUGGAUGAAUGCAAGUUGUAUUUGAGGAAGAAUGGUCUGAGGCUAACUGGGAACAAGGAAACGCUAAUACAACGCAUAAAGGAGCAUUUAGAGAUUUUACAUGGAGGGGAGAAAAAGUAUCCACCUUCUAGUUUUGUGCUUAAUUGUAAAGGUGAUGCAUGCACCGGUGAUGUUGUUUUGUUUGAGCAAAAUGUCUAUGAAAUGUUCAACAUCGCAUCCAGGAGUGCCAGUGGUCCACCUUGUGGCAAAAGGAUUGUUGCAGGCCGCAUAGUGAAAGAAAGCUAUGGUGCUGCUAAGCAACAGCAUACGUUUACGAUUGAAGUACUCUGGAGCAAAGGAGAAAAGCCUCUCCCUCCCCUUCACCCCUUACUGAUUAAAGGUCGAAACCUUUACAGGUUGAAGACAAUGAGACAGAAAUGGGAGGAUGAAGUAAAAAGGCAGAAAAUAUUGAUGGAAAAACACUCAAGGGGAUCUUUUGCAAGGGCAGAUAGAGAAGCGAGGAUACAAGAAAAGGAGAAGAGGAAAAAAGUUAGAGAAAAUAGGGUCUCCAAAAAGGAUUCAGCAAGGAACCAAUGUCAAGAAACAAAUGUACCCACUAAUCUAGAAAAGUCAGAAUUUCCAUCUCGAAAUUCUGGUUUAUCUGCCCACAUUGGGAAAGAAACAUUGGCUAAUAAACCUCUAGUUAUACCCGGACAAUGUGUUGAUUCUAAAACUAUGGCUAUGGGAAUGGGAUCUGACCAAUUGGAAACUAGAUCAUUUCCUGUUCACCACAUACAUAAUCAGCAACCUUGGAAUCCCACAACUGGUUGUAGGAGUACUUUUAAUACUGAUCAUAUGAGGGGAGCUUCACUUGGUGCAAACUACAACUAUGCUAACCUCCAUUUCAGAGAAAUACCUAUUAAUAUCGAGAAAAACUACCCUUUCAUUGCUGGGGCAACUGGAUUUACAGGGUGGAAUCAUCAAAGGGUGCCUUUGGCAAAUGCAAACUACUCUCACCCGAUGAUGCCCAACAGAGAAAGCCAUAAGCAAACCCAGCUGUGUAGACAUUAUUCCCGUGGGAGGUGCUAUUUUGGGGACACCUGCAAAUUCUUGCAUGAUUUGAGAGACACGGGGAAUGUGUGACAAAUUUGUUGUGGCAUGAUUCCAUUUAUGUUGAGGAAUUAAAAAAUGCUUUACUUUUUUAAUUGAAAAAUAGAUCGAUUUGUCUGCUAUACAAGAUUAAAAGAUUUUGUGGCGUUUUCUCUAAGUCCCUUCUUUGUAAUUGCCAAUGUGUUGCAAAUUCUUACGUGUUUC